UUCUCUAUUUCCCUUCUAGGCACAUAAGCCAAGUAAUACACAGGCAUUAUAUCCUGACCUCACACCCUAUAAAAGGAGACUGUCUAUUCCCAGAAGUGCUUCACCAUCUAGGCACAAGAAAGAGCUACCACCACAGAGUCAGCAGGCGUCCUACUAUUUGUAUGUAGGUGCACUUAUUUGUGCACUCGUACUACUUGUGCAGUACCUGAUCAGCGAACAGCCAAUGCCUUUGUCAUUGGCUGAUAGGCGCCUUGGAACAUUGCGAGAGCAUCUUCGUAAACUUAAGGACACUUUUGUAGCACAGCCUGAAUAUAAUUGGCAGAUCAUACGUAGCUCUGUUAUGGAUAUGAUCAAUGACACUGGUGUUUAUUCAGGACCAGCUGUGAUCACGUUUCUUGCAUCCGUUAAAAAUGAGCGUUUUGCAACAUGUCUUUCACAACAGGUUGCAACUGCCUUGUCAUACACUUUCGAUGAUGGUGGAGAUUAUGGAACUAUUGCUGCUGAUGAGUUGUCAGUGUCUGAAGAUGUUGCACGGCACAUAAUUGAGAAUCGGUGCAAAGAAGUAGUAGAGAGGCGGCAACGACAUGUAAUGGUUGCCUCGCACCUAGAGAAAUGGAACCCUGAUGCAGCAAUGAUGCUGCACCCCUUGUGUGACCAGGAAAAUGCUUUGUACAAGAACGUAACAUACAUUCUAACUGUGUUCACAAAGCAUGAAGAUGUGUCCGGCCAGAGGGAAAGAAAAGAGUAUGAUCAUCUUGCUGAGAAUGCACUUAACAAUGCUUGGGAGUCUAUGGACACUAACCAAAGGCAUGCCAUCAUUAGUAGGGUGACUGGCAAUGUUGUGUUGGUGCGUGAAGAUUCAUCAUCAUGUGUGUCAGCUAGCUAGGAAACAUUUGCUUGAGUAAGUACUGUUUCUGAUCUGAUGACUGUGAUGGCUUUUAUGCCUUGAAGGUGCAAGUGGCAUGCCGAGAAACAAACGAGUAGGCCUCUUUCAUUGGCAAGGAAAGUGUGCAAAGUGAAAUUUUGUAAAAUAUGUUGCGCCAAUUUGAAGUAUGAAACGUUUAAAAGAAUGUUCACAUGCAAUUUUGCAAGUCUUUCCUUUGUACCUGUUUAAAUGCGCUUUGGUGACAUGUUGUAGCGAUCUCCCCAUUUACAUGGGUUAUCAACUGAAGGCUUGCAGUGUGUUGUGGUGGCUAUCUUCCAGCAAAUUUUGUGAAAUCGGGCUUUGUUUCUUAUUGAGGCAAAGCUUCACAUUGUCAUUGUCAUGUGUUCAAUUUUUUGCAUGGUGGUAUUUGCUAUUUGUUUCUGUGUCCAUUAUUUCAUAAGGCACAAAUUUACAGACACAGCGUUAUUGGCAAUAUUUACCAUAUGUAGUCACAAGUGGAGAUAUAGUAACAGGUGGAUGUUACAUCUUGACAAUAACCAGUUGGUUAAAGUUGGUGAGGCUGUUUUAUCCUAACAGAUGUAUAGCAGUGCAGUUUGAGUUUGGAAGUUGAAGUUGUUGUGCACAAAUCUCAAGUAGUUGAUGUAAUUAUGGCGCACUUUGUGUUUUAGCGUGCAGCUGUUGCUGUUGACUUGGCCAGGGAUGUGCUGGCAUGACUGUGCCAUUUAUUUGUACAACAAACUUUGUAUAAAAAAUUAUUAUUGUUCAGUAAAUAAUGCAAACCGUUA